AUGUCGUUGCAACACAUAGGAAAGGGUGCCCUCCGCGUGGCAAAGAAUUAUACCAAGGGUUACUCAGAUGUUCAAGCCAAGGUGCGGGACGCGACGUCCAAUGACCCAUGGGGUCCUUCUGGCACGCAGAUGAACGAUAUCGCACAAAUGACGUAUAAUCAAAACGAUUUCGUCGAGAUCAUGGAAAUGCUUGACAAAAGGUUGAACGACAAAGGAAAGAACUGGAGGCAUGUGUUCAAGGCUCUGACCGUCCUUGAUUAUUGCUUGCACGCUGGCUCCGAGAACACAGUGAUUUACUUCAAGGAUAAUCUCUACGUAAUCAAGACACUCAAAGAGUUCCAGUACGUCGACGAGUACGGCAAGGAUCAGGGCGCCAAUGUUCGUCAGAAGGCCAAGGACAUCACCAACCUGCUCAUGGAUGACGCUCGUUUACGAGAAGAGCGCCGGUCGCGUGCUUCUAUGAGGGAUCGCAUGGUCCGAGGCGGCACGGGAGAGUUCGAUACCGAAGAUGAUGCGGAGAAUGAGAAUAGGCGUAGGGCACAAGCGCAGCAGAUGCUUGGUGCCUCUCGAAGCAAGACCAAGGAGGAUGACGAAAUGCGUCGUGCGAUCGAGGCCAGUAAACGCACUCUUGUCGAUGAACAACGCCGACAGGGAGAGGAGCGAGAUUUGGCCAAGGCGAUUGCUCUCUCCGAGCAGGAAGAGGCUGCGCGAAAGCGCGCACUUCAAGAUGGUGGCGCGCUGUUUGACGAUCAGGCUGGUCCUAGUUCGUCGGCAAAUGCAAAUGCUGGUGGCGAUUUAUUGAUCGAUUUCAACGCGGCCCCUCAGCAACAGCAAUUGCAACCGCAGUUUACAUCCUUCAAUCCGUAUCUGCAGCAGGCCCAGCAGCAAGCGAUGCAAGACCAGUAUUUGCGUCAGCAAGCCGAAUGGGAGGCGAUGCAGGCUCAGGCUCAGGCCCAAGCUCAAGCUCAAGCCCAGCAGGAGGCUUGGAUGCAACAACAGCAACAGCAACAGCAGCAACAACAACUGCUCCAGGCCCAGCAAGAAGAAUGGAAUCGCCAACAGCUCAUGCUUCAGCAACAACAGCAACAGCAACAGUUCUUAAUGCAGCAACAAAUGCAAAGCCCGUUGAUGGCUCAGCCUACCGGGUACGGGUCGAAUAAUCCAUUCGCGAUGAUGGGAGGAGGUGCUCCUCAAAGCCCACCUGUACAAGCUCCAGCCCCAUCCAUGUCACCUUUCCCUUCCGGACCGAGCCCAAUAGUCGCGCAGCAAUCCUCUCCCUCUCCGCUUACCCAGGGGAACACGAUUGCAAACUCGCGUCGUACACCUGCCAACGAUGGCGCCAACUCUCAUCUCGCCAACUUGAUUGCCAACAGGGAGGACGGAAUGGACACAUUCGGAAAUAUUGGUCAGUUGCGAUUCGGGCAUGGUCAAACCGCCCAGCGGCUUGCCACCCAGCAAACUGGGCACAAUCCGUUCAAUAAGCAGCAGCAGCAAAACGAACAACCAUUCUUUACCGUGUAG